AUGAUAAUCCUCCCAAUCAUUCUUCUUGCUCCUUACCUAGCCUUCGGAUUUCCCACCGAGAGAUCUUCACAGCUCGCAUCUCGGGCAGCUGCUGGUCUGGGCGUUCCGGCCGGCGGUGUCGUAUGCGCAACUGCCAACGAGAAAGCGCACACUCUCGAUGCCAACAGCAUUACACAGAUCGUGAAUCAAGGCGUAGGGAGCUUCCAGGCAGCAUUACAAACUGGCAACAUCAUGGCGCAGGUAGUCAGCUGGCCGAAAUUCUUCUACGCCGAUCGAAUGGCAACUGGUGCUAUCGCUGGCUCUCAAUGCGAUCUCUCUGCAGGCCUUCUUUACAUGCCGAUAUCUUAUCCUGGGACCAGUGCACCGAAGGUGUGGGAUGCGGGCGAUAAAGCACCAGUAGGCAUUCCAUCCACUGAUAUCGUCGUAUUCCAAGCACCGGACCCAGGAGGUCAGAAGACGGCGGAUGGCAUUGGGUGGACGAGCCAGUACUGCGGUGUGCUGACGAACUCGGACGCAGACACCUCUGUGCAAUUGGUUGUGGGGGGGACGUUUAACAUUAAUCCUGCUGGGUACCAUCAGUGUAAUAAUGCUUAG